UGCAAGGAGGCCCCGCAUAGCCACCUCAUGUCUUGCAGACCUGCAUCUUCUCUUCUAGGACAUCCCCCACCCCUGUGGCUGAAGCCCUCAAAGCCAGAGCUCCAGCAGGAUUGAACGGAGGGAUGCCCCAGUGUCCCAGAGAACCCCAAGCAUGAUAAGAUUGACCUCAGUGAAGGGGAGGGAAGGGGAGGAGGGGGAGGAGGAGGAGGAUGAUGGUAAAAGCCCUGGGGCUGUGCCAUCACCUGAGGAAGUGGAGGGAGUCCAGCUGCUGCAAGCAGAUACAGUUGAGAAACUGCCAGAAGAGAAGCAGCGUAUGCAUUGCCACAGAAAUGAACAGGCGCUUGCAGACUUCUUUGCCUGGGCUGAACCUAUUGUUGCAGCUGGGGUGCCAACCACUGUGAGGGGCAUUUAUCAACGACUCUCAUCCAUCAAGGAUGUGUCUGCUGAGCACAGAUUGGAUAAGACCCUGCAGGAGAUGACCCUUGCACAGCCACAUGAUGUGGUGGUGACCAUCCUGCGGUGUGCCCCAUCAUGUGACAGAGUUGCUGUGACCAUGUGGAUGGCGAUUGUCUCCUCAAACAGAACUGCGGAGAAGGUGCUGCCAGAGCUCCUCUGUGUGCUGGAGGACUGGCCACUGCACAGCACAUCCACCUCUGAUAAGGACAACUCAGACGUCUUUUCCCUGGCCGCAACCAGAGCAGUGUGGGAGAUCAUUCACCUGCCCCAGGGCCCAGAGAGAAUGAUUCUGUAUUUCCCCCGCCUCUUUGUGGCCCUGCUCUUCCAAAUUUUCUCCAGCACAGAGCAGAUGCCAGAGGAGGUCACUGCCUUCUGGAGGCGAUGCCAGCACAAGCACUGCCUGCCCACAAACCCCAACAGAUUUGCACUGCUGACCAUGAAAGCACUGCUCUGUCACCUGGAAUAUGAGGAUGUGGUGUCUGAAGUUGAACGGGAGUGUGGCUGGGACACACUCCUCAACACUGACACCCACCACUAUACAGUGAGACUUCUGGCCAGAGCAAUGCUCAGGGUCUCAGAGCCCUUGUGCUACCGGAUAGCACGCUACCUGUUCAGACUGCUCCGCAGAGAGGAGGCGCACUGGGAGGUCGCUGCCAUGGCCUUCCUUGUGGAGAUCCUGCCUUGCCUGAAUAUAAAGCAAUGGGGUGAACGCAUCCUACAGCUUUUCCAAAUCUACCUAUGGAGGGAGCACAGAGUGAUGCGUCUCCUGGUGCUCAGAUGCCUCAUGGUACUCUGCAAAAGACCCUCUUUGGCCAACACAAUGUCAGCCCUGACUGAAAGCCUCAUGGAAGUUCUGAAGGAUGAAGACAGGGAGGUGAGGGGGAUGACUCUCUCUGUGCUCAGUGAGAUGCUCCUGAACAGAGAUGUGCCAAUUGCCUGUUCCCUCGCUGUGCAGCUGAUAGAGGCACUCCGGCCACUCUUUGACAAUGACACUAGCCAUGUGCAGCUGCUCUCCAUUCGCAUCUUUGAAGCAGUGAUGGAGUUGGUAGAGGAAGAGGGAAAAGAGCCCCUAGAGAGAAUUGUACGCCAGAGCCUGUUCCCACUGUUCCGCCACUUGCAUGACAAGAACCAGUUUGUGGCAGAGGCCUCUUGGGAAACUCUGCUUCAGGUUAACACAUUCCUGCAAGAAAGGAAGUUUGAGCAACUAUUGGAAACAAAAUGGAGAGGUGAAGGAUGCCGGGUGCCAGCCACUGUGAGGGACAUUUACCAAUGGCUCUCAUCCAUCAAGGAUGUGUCUGCUGAGCACAGAUUGGAUAAGACCCUGCAGGAGAUGACCCUUGCACAGCCACAUGAUGUGGCGGUGACCAUCCUGCGGUGUGCCCCAUCAUGUGACAGAGUUGCUGUGACCAUGUGGAUGGCGAUUGUCUCCUCAAACAGAACUGCGGAGAAGGUGCUGCCAGAGCUCCUCUGUGUGCUGGAGGACUGGCCACUGCACAGCACAUCCACCUCUGAUAAGGACAACUCAGACGUCUUUUCCCUGGCCGCAACCAGAGCAGUGUGGGAGAUCAUUCACCUGCCCCAGGGCCCAGAGAGAAUGAUUCUGUAUUUCCCCCGCCUCUUUGUGGCCCUGCUCUUCCAAAUUUUCUCCAGCACAGAGCAGAUGCCAGAGGAGGUCACUGCCUUCUGGAGGCGAUGCCAGCACAAGCACUGCCUGCCCACAAACCCCAACAGAUUUGCACUGCUGACCAUGAAAGCACUGCUCUGUCACCUGGAAUAUGAGGAUGUGGUGUCUGAAGUUGAACGGGAGUGUGGCUGGGACACACUCCUCAACACUGACACCCACCACUAUACAGUGAGACUUCUGGCCAGGUCCUACUUUACAUUAACUUAAAGAACUGGGAGGAACGCAUCCUGCAGCUUGUCCAAAUCUAC